AUGGAUCUCGGCAAAUCAAGCACCAACCAAACCGAGGUUUCAUUGACCAUGGCCAAACAUUUGUUCUCCAAAGAAGAAUACAAAGAAAAGAACAUUGUGUUUUCGCCAUUGUCCCUCCAAAUCAUACUCAGUAUCGUAGCUGUUGGCUCUCAGGGUUCCACGAAACACCAGCUUCUUGAAUUCCUCCAUUCUGACUCUACCGGCAAACUGAAAACCUUAUGCUCUCAACUCGUUUCCUAUGUGCUCGCCGAUAACAGCUCCGCCGGCGGACCUCUGGUCUCUUUCGUCAAUGGUGUUUGGGUUCAACAAUCAUCUUCUCUUAAACCUUCCUUCAAAAAAAGCGUGUCUACUGAUUUCAAAGCCGCUAUUGCCUCAGUUGAUUUUAUAACCAAGGCGCAUGAAGUGGCAAAAGAAGUGAAUUUAUGGGAUGAAAAAGAGACAAAAGGUCUUAUAAAGAAUCUACUUCCACCUGAGUCAGUUGAUAGCUUAACCAGACUCAUACUUGCAAAUGCACUAUAUUUCAAAGGUGCAUGGCGGACAGAGUUUGAUAUAUCAAAAACAAAAGACUAUGAUUUUUACCUUCUCAAUGGAAGCUCAGUCAAAGUUCCUUUCAUGACGAGUAAGGAUAAACAGUAUAUCAGUGUUUUUGAUGGUUUUAAAGUCCUUCAACUUUCUUAUAAGGGAGGUCAGUCAUUUAAGCAUAAGGAUAGGCGUAGUUUCUCUAUGUACAUUUAUCUUCCUGAUGCAAAAGAUGGAUUGUUAGCUUUGAUCGAAAAGGUUGCUUCUGAUUAUGAAUUUUUGGAGCAUACACGCCCUAGAAACUCAGUGCCAGUAGGUGACUUUAGAAUUCCAAGAUUCAAUAUUUCUUUUGACCUUGAAACUUCUAGAAUGUUGAAGGAGCUAGGAGUGGUUUUACCUUUCUCUGAAACAGGUGGAGGUUUGACAAAAAUGGUAGAGGACUCUCCUGAAGGUAAAGAACUUUAUGUUUCGGCAAUAUAUCACAAAUCUUAUAUUGAAUUAAAUGAAAGAGGAACUGAAGCUGCUGCAGUGAACUUUUUUACAAUGAGGGCAACAUGCGCUAGGUUUAGAAAACCAUCACCACCUCCCAUAGACUUUGUAGCCGACCACCCUUUCAUGUUUUUGAUUAGGGAAAAUUGCUCUGGAACAAUACUCUUUAUUGGACAAGUGCUCAAUCCCGGAAAGAAUAAAGUGAGAAAUAAAGUGAAUUUAUGGGCAGAAAAAGAGACCAAAGGUCUUAUAAAGAAUCUACUUCCACCUGGUGCAGUUGAUAGCUUAACCAAACUUAUCUUUGCAAAUGCACUAUAUUUCAAAGGAGCAUGGCGGGCAGAGUUUGAUAUAUCAAAAACAAAAGACUAUGAUUUUUACCUUCUCAAUGGCAGCUCAGUUAAAGUUCCCUUCAUGACGAGUAAGCAGAGACAAUUUAUUAGCGUUUUUGAUGGUUUUAAAGUCCUUCAACUUUUCUAUAAGGGAGGUAAGUCAUAUAAUCGUCGGGAUAGGCCUAAUUUCUCUAUUUACUUAUAUCUUCCUGAUGCAAAAGAUGGAUUGUUAGCUUUGAUUGAAAAGGUUGCUUCUGAUUCUGAAUUUUUGGAGCAUACAUGUCCUAGAAAUUCCGUGCCAGUAGGUGACUUUAGAAUUCCAAGAUUCAAUAUUUCUUUUGAUCUUGAAACUUCUAGCAUGUUGAAGGAGCUAGGAGUGGUUUUACCUUUCUCUGAAGCAGGUGGAGGUUUGACAAAAAUGGUAGAGGACUCUCCUAUAGGUGAAAAACUUUAUGUUUCGGCAAUAUAUCACAAAUCUUAUAUUGUAGUAAAUGAAAGAGGAACUGAAGCUGCUGCAGCGACCAGUACUGGACUUAGGGGAACAGGUUGUCGGCAUUUCAAACCACUACCGCCUCCGAUAGACUUUGUAGCCGACCACCCUUUCAUGUUUUUUAUUAGGGAAAAUUGCUCUGGAACAAUACUCUUUAUUGGACAAGUGCUCAAUCCCGGAGUUUCAGAAAACAGUUUGUUACCGCAAAAACAGUCGCAACAAAACAGUAAUAAAAGGCUCCGAUAUCGAUCACAACAAACCCUUUAUAAAAGGCGCCAAUAUUGAUAUCAUUUAUAAACCAUUUUUAUGAUGAAAAAUAUUUUAUAGUUAAUUUUUACUAUGAACCGCGGCCGUUAAUUUGGAUCACCCUAGAUUAAGA